GGCGCCGAGGGUGCCGACGGAGCCGACGUCGGCGCUGCGGAAGCCGACGGCGUCGGAGGCGGUGAGGGCGACAGCGACGGCGGCGGCGGCGACGCCGGCGAAGGCGCCGGCGGCGACGGUGCAGCCGGCGGCGGCCGUGGGAGGCGGCGAGGGCGACAGCGACGGCGGCGGCGGCGACGGCGGCGGAGGCGCCGGCGGCGGCGGUGCCGGAGGCGGCGGCGUGGGAGGCGGUGACGGCGACAGCGACGGUGGCGGCGGCGACGGCGGCGGAGGCGCAGGCGGCGGCGGCGAGGGCGACAGCGACGGCGGCGGCGGAGUGGGCGGCGGAGGGGCCGGUGGCGGCGGGGCCGGCGGCGGCGGCGAGGGCGACAGCGACGGCGGCGGCGGAGUGGGCGGUGGAGGGGCCGGUGGCGGCGGGGCCGGCGGCGGCGGCGAGGGCGACAGCGACGGCGGCGGCGGAGUGGGCGGCGGAGGGGCCGGUGGCGGCGGUGCCGGAGGCGGCGGCGUGGGAGGCGGCGAGGGCGACAGCGACGGUGGCGACAGCGACGGCGGCGGCGGGGCCGGCGGCGGCGGCGAGGGCGACAGCGACGGCGGCGGCGGCGAGGGCGGCGGAGGGGCCGGCGGCGGCGGUGCCGAAGGCGGCGGCGUGGGAGGCGGCGAGGGCAACAGCGACGGCGGCGGAGGGGCCGGCGGCGGCGGCGAGGGCGACAGCGACGGCGGCGGCGGAGUGGGCGGCGGAGGGGCCGGCGGCGGCGGGGCCGGCGGCGGCGGCGAGGGCGACAGCGACAGUGGAGUGGGCGGCGGAGGGGCCGGUGGCUGCGGUGCCGGAGGCGGCGGCGAGGGCGACAGCGACGGCGGCGGCGGAGUGGGCGGCGGAGGGGCCGGCGGCGGCGGGGCCGGCGGCGGCGGCGAGGGCGACAGCGACGGCUGCGGCGACGAGGGCGGCGGAGGGGCCGGCGGCGGCGGUGCCGGAGGCGGCGGAGCCGGCGGCGGCGGCGAGGGCGACAGCGACGGCGGCGGCGGAGUGGGCUGCGGAGGGGCCGGUGGCGGCGGGGCCGGCGGCGGCGGCGAGGGCGACAGCGACGGAGGCGGCGGAGUGGGCGGCGGAGGGGCAGGUGGCGGCGGGGCCGGCGGCGGCGGCGAGGGCGACAGCGACGGCGGCGGCGGAGUGGGCGGCGGCGGGGCCGGUGGCGGCGGAGCCGGCGGCGGCGGCGAGGGCGACAGCGACGGCGGCGGCGGAGUGGGCGGCGGAGGGGCCGGCGGAGGCGGUGCCGGAGGCGGCGGCGUGGGAGGCGGCGAGGGCGACAGCGACGGCGGCGGCGGAGUGGGCGGCGGCGGGGCCGGUGGCGGCGGAGCCGGCGGCGGCGGCGAGGGCGACAGCGACGGCGGCGGCGGAGUGGGCGGCGGAGGGGCAGGUGGCGGCGGGGCCGGCGGCGGCGGCGAGGGCGACAGCGACGGCGGUGGCGGCGAGGGCGGCGGCGGGGCCGGCGGAGGCG